GCGAGCGACAGCCCAUUUGACCAGAAGCGUAGCCCCGACGGUGGCAAGGGUGACCCGGCCUCCGUCGAGGAGAUCUGUAGGGCAGUAACGUGGUCUCCUGGAUCCCCAUUCAUAAGGCACUACAAGCUGGACACCUUUGCUUCGGCUGAAGCGGCCUUCGGCAGGCGGGCGCUACAGAAGUCCCAUCAACUGAGAAAAAUUCCAAGGGAGAAUGCUGUGGGGCGUAUUCCUCUCAUCCCUCCUCCCCUUUCUUCCCCCCCCUCCAGCCCCGAAUCCUCCACCUGGCGGGGACAAAACAAGCGGACUCUCAAAGUCGGCAUCUUCCCGUCUUCCAUCACGACAGCAGCUGAGGAAGGAGCGCCCCCUGUUGGAAGCCCGCGGAUCAGCCACCCCGUCCGAAGCUCCUUCCUCCACCUGAGUCACGGGGAUAUCGACCCUGAGCGAGGAUGGGGGUCUCCGGACCAGAAGGAGGAGAAAAAACCGAAGCCUCGCGGGGGGCACCUCAGCCCCCCGACUCCCAGCAAGAGCAAGCAGCUGCUGCAACUGGCCCGCCUCUCCAAAAGCUUGGAGUCUAUUUCCGAGUGGUCCAUCCUGCGUCCCAAGGCCAAGUUCCCCCCCUUCCGGGUGGACGGGCCCAGCCGGGCUCCCCAGCGGCGUUUCAGCGACCUCCCGGCCCCCCUCCCGUUGCCCCCCAAGCCCGCCGCCGCCGCCGCUGCCCGCAUCCCCAACCCGGCCCUGCCGUCCUGGGCGCUGCCCAAGGCAGACCCCGCGGCCCCCAAGGAGAAGGAGCAACGGAUGGGCCGGCCGGGCCCCAAAGGCACCGGGGGGCCAAACCCUCCCGGCGGGCAGCGGCUGACCAUGGGGGAGAUCGAGAAGAAGAUCAAAGAGGUGGAAGACCGGGUGCACGGAGUGACCACUGAGGAGUGCCUGGAGGCCCUGCGGAUGAACGGCUGGGAGGUCCCCAAAACCGUCCAGUUGCUUAAGGUGG